AUGGCGCGACGCGUUGGCGCCGUCCGCGAGCGUGCGUACAGCUCCUGUACCCGGGCUGCGCGGCGCGGGAAUGACGCACUGGCUGAAGAAGGAGAAAAAGCCGCACCCUCGACAUCUACCCCAGCAGAAGUAGGAGCUCCAGUUGGAGAGCCUGGCUCUUCAUUGGAUGCUCCAACUGGAGACGGCGAAAUCGUAGGCGGUCCUCGCAACAUGCAACAAAUAGCUGCACAAAGACGGCUGCAACAAACCCAGGCUCAAGUUCAGGAGGUGGUUGAUAUAAUGAAGGUUAACAUGGAGAAAGUAAUCGAAAGAGACACAAAACUGUCGGAUCUGUCAGAAAGAGCAGAGGCGUUACAAGACGACGCAUCGAUGUUUGAAAAGCAGGCAAAAAGUUUAAAAAAUAAAUUUUGGCUAGAAAACUUAAAGAGUAUGAUAAUCAGCGGUAUCAUUUUACUUAUCAUCAUUGGCGUGAUAUAUGAGGUGUAUUUAUAAAUACAAUCUACUUAUGCUGAAAAAACUGAAAUAUGAAGAUACCCUGACAUUGCAUGGCGCUAACUUCUC